AUGGAAGCCGAAUAUAUGGCCAUUGCAGAAGCCAGUAAGGAGGCUAUAUAUUUAAGAAUGUUGUUGUGUGAGUUAACUGGUAAUUUAUAUCCUGUAAAACUGUAUAAUGAUAGUCAAAGUGCACAGAAGUUGGUGGCAAAUCCUGUGUGUCAUAGAAAAAGUAAACACAUUGAUAUUAGAUAUCAUUCUGUCAAAGAUGUAGUAAAUGAUAAAAUUAUAGAUUUAAAAUAUUUGCCAACAAGUGCUAUGCCAGCAGAUGUUCUAACUAAAGCACUUAGCCCUAUGAAACAUUAUAAAUGUAUGGCAGCUCAGGUCAAUAAAAGGACUCACCAAAAUUAUGUUAAGCACGUGAGUAAAACAGACAGCGACACAAACGCUACUUUCUCCGAUGGUAAACGACCUGAGGAGUAUCAGACGUUGCUUAACUGCACCCGCGGCUUCGAACUUCUUAUUCAACAUCAAUAUUUUUAUCCAACAACCCGAAAGAUCUUUACCAACGGAAGACUACUGAAUAUCAUUGGAGUAUUUUGGCCUCAACCAUCAUCAUCACCAAACGAACAACUGCUGGAAAUACCAGAAACACCUCUGCACGACCAAACUGCGCAUUGUAAUUAG